AUGACAGCACCAUCCAUCCAAUCCAUCCACUCCCAAACUCUCGACUUACCGCCCAGCUGCGUGCAAUUCUGCCCGACGCGACCGGGAAUCUUCUGCAUCGGAACCUACUUGCUUCACCGGAGGGAGCAACAGGGUGAUUUGUCUGGUGGGAAUAAUAGGGAUCCGUCUGACACAUGCGAGUCCGAAGGCACUGCUGCCAACGAUGAUGAGGCCUCCCGCACGGAAGAGACGGAAGAAGAAGAAGAAGCAGUUGCGACGACAUCCACACUGCCCCAGAAGCGCACGGGCAGUCUGAUUCUCUUCCGUCUGGACGAGCACGAUAAUAGCAUGUAUGUAUGUAUUUAUGUAUAUUGUAAGACUGUCUUGCCUUCGAUGCAUAUUCUAGCGUCGUUGGUUUGCGGACUCUUUCCCUUGAUUAUUCGCUAUCGAUCGACCUUGCAUUUGCAGCCCCCCAGCUAAUCAAUCCAUUCUGCAGAACGCGCCUGUCCACACUCCCUACAGACUCCGCCGUUCUAGAUCUCCAAUGGAAUUGCCAGCCAAACAGCGAAGAAAUCUUAGCAGUAGCGACAUCGACAGGCCGAGUCGUUUUCUAUCGACUAUCAGCGACGACAACGCUCGAGCACGCGAAAACCGUCAUCAUAUCCGAGGAUCCCUUCGUCCUGGUGCUCUCCCUCACAUGGCACCCGAGCCGGCACCACGUGCUCGGCGUGACGCUGAGCGACGGAAGAGUGCUGGUGCUGCACAGCGAGCAGCACCACCCGCUGUGGAGCCCUGAAGCACCGCAGCGGCAGCAUGACCUGAUGAAGACGGAAAUCCACUCGCAUGAGCUGGAAGCGUGGAUUUGCGCUUUCGCGCCGCUUGGCCCUGUCGAUGAGGAGGAGGGCGUGGUGGUCGUGUCGGGUGGUGAUGAUAGCUCCUUACGCUGUUCGCGCUUCGUUGACCGACAAGCAGCAGCAGCCGCCGGCGUGCAGUUCCUCUGGCGGGACACGCGCUUGCACCAGGCGGGUGUCACGUCCAUCCUGCCUCUUUCCGACGAGCUGGUCAUCACGGGGAGUUAUGACGACCACAUUCGUCUUCUGAGGAUCCCGUCGCUGGGGAGAAGACAAUGCCUCGCGGAGCUCAAUCUAGGGGGUGGAGUGUGGAGGUUGAAACUCCUCGAAUCUUCACAUGACAACAAUCAAGGAGGCUCCGUGAUGAGGUUCGUUUCCCCAGUCCCUCCCUCCCCCAAAUCGUACUCACACCUCACGCGGCAAGUCCUUCAUCACCACAUGCCACGAUGAAGAUGAUGCAAUCUGACACCUGACCCUUCUCCCUAGCGCCGUGCUGCUCGCCAGCUGCAUGCACGCCGGUUCGCGCAUCGUGAAAGCGACCCGAGGAGAAGAAGAUUCCUGGCGCCUCGAAGUCUUGGCGCGGUUCGAAGAACACCAGAGUAUGAAUUACGGCGGCGAUGCGAUCAAACGUGAGGGGAAAAACCGGCAGGUUGUGAGUACGAGCUUCUAUGACAAGUUGUUGUGUCUUUGGGAAUGGUGA